GGAAGUAUUUAAAAAAUAGUGAAAUGGAAAUGUGUCAUUAUCUAAACUAACAACAAAACUUUUCUGAGAUUAUUCCCUGAUUAUAUUUGGUUUAUUGAAGUUUUUAAUUAUAAAUCGAUAGAAUAUUUUAUUUUCUAAUAUUAUAGGAUUAAGCCCAUCUACAUAAUUUUGUUCAGCAAAGAGUACAAAUAGACCAUUGGACUAUUAUGGAUCUGAGAGCCGCUAAAUUAGCAUUAGCUCGUAAAAAGUUAAAAGAUCAUCAAGUAAAAAAAAAUGAGUCCACCCAAAAAGAAGAGAUAUUAAUUCCGACAGAGUCUAUUAUACCACAGGAUAAUGUACACCAAAUCUUUCAAGAACCUGAAAUUAUAAUUAAUCAACACAAAAACAAUAUAGAAGAAAAUCAACAUAUAGAAUCCUACAGUUUGGAACAAAGUAUCCAGUCUCAUGAACCAAAUGUAAAUGUCACAGAAAUUCUGAUUUCGCAGAAACGAAAUCUUGAGAUGCAAAUCAAUCAAUUACAGAACAAUUUAAACCAAUUAGAAAAAGAAUAUGCAGUGAUAUUCAAUAAUUACAAUGUAUGUCAGCAGAAAAAUUAUAGUUUGGAGAGUGAGUUUAAAAUCCUGAGUGAUAAAAUGAAAUCAACAACAGAGCAAUUGUAUGAAAAAGAUAAAAUAAUCAUUGAAUUGAAAAGUAUUAAAUCAUCAUUAUCUGAUCAACAUAAUAGUUUGUUAGAGCAAUUAGAAUUCACAAAAACAAUGUUAACUACAAAGGAGACAGAAAAUGCCUCACUUCAUAGCCAACUUGCCAAUGUUCAGAACCAAUUGGAGGUAACAAGACUUCAACUUCAACAGUUAACAAAUGGAAUAAAUACUGAAGUUAUACAUAAUAACGACAAUAGUCAUCAAAAUGAAAUACUUUUACAAAAAAUAGCAACUUUAGAACAGCAACUGAAAGGAGCACAAAAAGAAAAAGAUCAGAUUAGUAUGCAUUAUGAACACUAUGUAAAUGACUUAAAUAAGCAACUUAAGUCAACUAUGAUAAACAAUGAAAAUAUGUCCAAAGAAAUACAAACUUUAUCUAACAGAGAGUCUAGUCUAAUUGAACAGAUUAGUGACAUGGAAAUUAGAUUACAAAACUAUAAUGUGAAUAAAGCUGUUAAAAAUGAUAUAAAAAAUGAUACUAGCCUUGAGGAGGUAGAAAAGAAUUAUAUUAAACUCCAGGAAUCAUUACAAGAGCUUAAAGCUAAGUAUGAGGAAAUAAAAAAGAAAUAUUUAGCAAGUGAAGCUAAAGUAAUAGAAUUAAGUAAAGGACAGGAAGCUGAAUGUAAACAUGACAAUAUAAGUAUAAUGAAACUAAAUGCAGAUAUUGCAAGUGAUAAACUUGCUGCACAGAGAGCUACUGAGCAGAAUAAGAAAUUAAAAAGUGAUAUGCAGAAUUUAGAAGAAGCAUAUGUCAAAAUGAGCAGUGAUAAAUUGGAGCUUACUGAAAAGUUAGCAGCUGAAAAAUAUUUAAACAGGGAACUAACCAUUAAAUUGGCUGAAAUUGAUGAAAAAUCAAAAGAAAUGUAUUCAAAAUUAAUGGCCAAGGAUGAAGAAAUGAUUAGAUUACAAAACACUUAUCGUACCCUUGAAACAGAAUUUGAAAAAUUAUCUGAUGAAAGAAGGAUGUCAGAAGAAAAUUUAGCUGAUAACCAUGAGGCUGAACAUAAUAACGAGACAGCGCUUUUAAAAACCCUUGAAGUUAAUACUACAGAUAACAUAAAUAAAUGCACAUAUGAUUGUUGCAGUGAUGAACAUCAACAAUUUCUUAUACAGUCUACAACAAAAAAUGAUUUUACUACUCCCAAUGAUGACGCAAUGUUAAAGCUUCAGGAUCGUUUCUUAAAAAUAAUGAAGGAAGUUGCAGAUUUAUCAGAUGAAAAGCAUAGACUAGAACAUAUAAUAAUGCAAUUACAAAAUGAAACUGACACAAUAUGUGAAUAUGUAGCUUUAUAUCAACAACAACGAAGUCUGUUAAAGAAGCGAGAUGACGAAAGAAGUGCUCAAAUUAAAAUUUUCCAAGAAGAAUGCAAUAAGCUUAAAAAUCAGAUAGAAGAAUUGAGUGAUAUUUUAACAAGAUUUGCUGAAGAUAAGGAAUUAAUAUCUUAUUUUCAAGAAGAAUCAAAACGCAAAGAAUUACAAAAGGUGACUAAAUUAAUUUUGCAUAUUAAGAAUAACUGUUUAAUAGACCCGGAAAAGAGUAAUGUAGAUUUCAAAAACUUUUACCCAUGUAAUUGUUGUUCUGGUAAACUUAUUGAAGUGUAAUACGAAAAUAUCUUAAUACUUCCAUUUUAUUGUUAAAUUAGAUGGUAUGUAAAAGUACAAAUAUCUAGCAUGCUUGCCUAAAUGUCGAGUUUUCAAAACAUAAUAUAAAAAUGGGAGUUUUAUAGGAAAUAUUAUUUUAUAGACUGCAGUGAACAUAAUUUACAAGUGACAGUGACCUGUAAAAUGAGUCGUGAAUUAAAUUAAAUAUCACUAAUAAUUUUAUAAGUACAGUAAGUAAUAAUAAUUAAAAGGUAUGUAAUACACGUGCCUAAAAUAAAGAGUUAGUCGUAGAUUCAGAAAAUUAUUAAUUCAUUCGUUCCAACCUCAAAAACAUCGUAAUACCGUGAUAACUUUACAUUACACGACACGUUCUGUCAUGAGUGACUAUGCACACUAUUGAACGUAGAAGAGAGCGAGAGCGCAGUCAUAAGUUAUUGUUUUUAUCUACUGUUUGUGUUAUGACGCUUGUUUUUAAUUAAUUUUACCUUUAUAAUCAGUUGUCUUUGGUAGCUACUAUAAAGGAGCAAUGAACUGACGUACCUAAAUAAAGAAAUAUCGGUGUUAUUCUAUUUUAUUAAUUUUAAUAUUAUCUCGACGUUUAAUUAAUUUAAUAGCCUGUAGCUCUGAUUGUAGAUAUUUUGGCAUCACCUUAACAUGUUAUUUAUUUGGUUAUUUGAUCAUUCGGAAUGUAUUUAUUCUAGGUUAUCUAAAUCUGUAAAAUGGGGCAUUAUUGAAUUCAUUGCUGACUUUGUCUAAACUGAUUGUAGACCUCUAACAGUUUGUUGUU